UCCAGCCCAAAACCUGACCGAGACAAAAACGCGCAGCGGCCCAGGUCUAAAUCGGUCGUCCUUCGAAACGAAGCCAGGAGGGGGAGUGAAGUCGUGGCGAUGGCGGAGAAGGCCGGCGGCGAGAGGUGGAAGGCGGCGAUCGUGAACGUGACGGAGAUGGGGGCGAAUCUGGAGUCCCUCCAGAAGCUCCUCGCCAAGAAAGCCGUCUUCGUCGACGACGACACCUUCGCCAAGGCCUCCCUCACCGCCGACCAGGCGCGAACAAUUAAGGCUCUUGAACAAAGGGUAGAGACUUUGGAACGAGAGCUUGAUGCUGCGAUUGCAGCAGCUGCUCGUGCACGUUCUGAGAAACGACAGGCUGAGGCAGCUCAGCGGGCUGCUGAAUUACGUGCUCAAGAGGUCACAAGGGAGCUUGAGAACACUUCAAAGGUGUUCAAGCUACACAUGGAAGAGUUGCGAGCAAAACAAGAAGAGAUCUCAAAGAAAGAUGGCGAGAUCAAAGUUUUGGAAGCUAUUAUACAGACACUAAAGUAGAAAUGACUCAAGUGCCGGAGAUGAUUAAACCUUGUCUUCUGGAUGUAUUUGUUGCCCCUUUUUGGUAAUAUUGGAGUGGGUGCAGUCUCCUUCUCCAUGUAUGUAUGUUACCUGAAAGCCAUGAACUUGCAUAACGAAAAUUACUUUGGAGUAUUGGGUUCCCACACUCAUUUUAUGCUUGAUACCUAGAGUUCUAUCAAAUCAAAGGUCUCUAUUAUCAUA